UGCCGCUCGCAGGGGCUGGUGGGGUCGUGCUGGGGGAGUGAACUGGGCCAAUCAGGCGGGUGCGUGGCGGCGCGGGGGAGGCGGUGCCCCUUCACUCCUCCCUCUUCUCCCUCCCGGCCCCGCGCUGACAGGGGGGCCUGGCCGCGCCGCCGACUCUCCAGUCCUACUUCAGUAGCUAUGAUCUUGAACAGAAAAGAGGGUUUCUUUUGUGAUGUUACUCUACCUAAACUCUGCGUAAAAUGGUACAGGAUUCUGACACUUCAUGACAUGUCAUUAUCUAGAGCAAUAAUGAACAUUGACCUGUUUUGGAUUAGUUGAUGACCUUUGGAAAUGAUCCAAUAAUAUCUACUACAGAGAAGCUGAAUAUACUCCAUUUGGAGUGAACAGCCCAGAUUGUUAUUGAAGUUUUCAAGAUGACAGAUCCAAUGAUGGACUUUUUUGAUGAUGCCAAUCUGUUUGGUGAGACCUUAGAAGGUUUCUCAGAUGAUGCAUUUGUACAGCCAGGACCUGUUUCACUAGUUGAUGAAUUGAACUUGGGUGCAGAAUUUGAACCUUUGCACAUAGACUCACUGAACCAUGUUCAAGGUACUCCAGCACAUCAGAAGAUGACUGAUUAUGAACAGCUAAAUCAGUUUGAUUCAAUGAAAUUUCACCAAGUUAAUCAGUCUUUUGGUAGCCCAGCUGAACAUGUGUUAUCUCCACACUCUCAGUUUAGUUGUUCUCCGAUUCACCCUCAGAACCAACCCAAUGGUUUGUUUCCAGAUGUAGCAGAUGGCAGUCCAAUGUGGGGCCAUCAGACAGCUGCUAGCAUUUCAAGUCAAAAUGGGUCUCCUUUUCACCAACAAGGACAUUCUCACUCUAUGCAUCAAACUAAAAGCUUUGUGGCACACCAUGACUUUGCCUUAUUUCAGGCCAAUGAACAACAAACACAGUGCAGUUCGCUACGCUCACAACAAAACAGAAGUAAUCUUAACCCAGGGCAAAAUUCUCUUAGCCAGUCUAAAAGUUUUAUGGAUGUUAAUGUUUCUGGUCCACACAGAGUCAGUGUUAACCACCCACCACAAAUUAAUAAUGCAUCUACUUCACAACAGUCCCUUUCAAUGCAGCAAUUUUCUCAGACACCAAAUCCUUCAGUACACUUCCUCAAGUGUAGCAGUCAUCAAGAAGGAAAUUUUAAUGGACCUUCUCCAAAUAUGACUUCUUGUUCUGUCAGUAAUUCACAGCAGUUUUCUUCACAUUAUUCCUUUUCCAGUAAUCACAUGUCACCAAAUAGUCUUCUUCAGUCCUCUGCAGUUCUUGCACCUAAUCAUACAAAUCAGACUUUAUCUGAUUUUACUGGGAAUAAUUCCUUUUCACCUCACAGGGGAAUCAAGCAAGAAUCGACUCAGCAUAUGCUAAAUCCCAAUACAUCACUGAAUUCAAAUAACUUCCAAAUGUUGCAUUCAUCACAUCCUCAGGGUAAUUACAGCAAUUCAAAAUUAUCUCCUGUGCACAUGAACUUCCCAGAUCCUGUUGACUCAGGAACUCACAUGGGCCAUUUCAAUGAUCAUGUAGAGACUAAUGGCUUUUCAUCUUUAGAAGAGAAUUUACUUCAUCAAGUGGAAUCUCAAACUGAGCCAUUCACAGGACUUGACCCAGAAGACCUCCUUCAGGAGGGUCUCCUUCCCCAGUUUGAUGAGUCAGCAUUUGGGCAAGAUAAUCCAAGUCAUGUUUUAGAUCAUGACCUUGAUCGGCAAUUUACUUCACAUCUCGGAACACGGCCUUCUGAUAUGGCUCAAACUCAGUUGCACACUCAGGCUCGGAGUUGGCAUUCAUCACUUUCUAAUCAUCAGCAUUUACAUGACAGAAAUCGCCUAUGUUUACAGCGACAGCCUCCAUCUUCCAAGAAGAGUGAUGGUUCUGGGACAUAUACUAAGUUGCAGAAUACCCAGGUGAGGAUCAUGUCCGAGAAGAAGCAGAGAAAAAAGGUGGAAUCAGAAAGCAAGCAAGAAAAGGCAAAUCGUAUAAUAUCAGAGGCCAUAGCAAAAGCAAAGGAGCGUGGGGAACGCAAUAUUCCACGAGUAAUGAGCCCUGAAAACUUUCCUAGUGCUUCAGUUGAAGGAAAAGAGGAAAAGAAAGGUAGAAGGAUGAAAUCCAAGCCAAAGGACAAAGAGAGCAAAAAAACAAAAACUUGUUCUAAGUUAAAAGAGAAGACAAAAAUUGGCAAACUCAUUAUUACAUUGGGUAAGAAACAAAAAAGAAAGAAUGAGUCUUCAGAUGAAAUAUCGGAUGCAGAGCAGGUGCCACAGCAUGCAUUCAAAGAGGAAGACUCUCAAAAAAGAAGAUCAAAUCGACAAAUCAAAAGAAAAAAAUAUGCAGAAGAUGCAGAAGGAAAACAAUCUGAAGAAGAGGUUAAAGGCUCUAUGAAAAUAAAAAAGAAUUCAGCUCCUUUACCUGGUGAACAGCCUUUACAGUUAUUUGUGGAGAAUCCGAGUGAAGAAGAUGCUGCAAUUGUGGACAAAAUACUAUCUUCUAGAAUUAUAAAAAAGGAAAUAUCACCUGGAGUGAUGAUUGAUACAGAAGAAUUUUUUGUAAAAUACAAGAAUUACUCCUAUCUUCACUGUGAGUGGGCCACUGAACAGCAGCUUCUGAAAGAUAAAAGGAUCCAGCAGAAAAUCAAACGAUUCAAAUUGAGACAAGCACAAAGAGCACAUUUUUUUGCAGACAUGGAAGAAGAACCAUUUAACCCAGACUACGUUGAAGUAGACAGAGUGUUAGAAGUCUCUUUUUGUGAAGAUAAGGAUACUGGUGAGCCUGUUAUUUACUACUUAGUAAAGUGGUGCUCAUUACCAUAUGAAGAUAGUACUUGGGAACUAAAAGAAGAUGUAGAUCUUGCAAAAAUAGAAGAGUUUGAGCAAUUGCAAGCUUCACGGCCUGACACAAGACAUUUGGAUCGUCCUCCUUCUAGUAUUUGGAAAAAAAUAGAUCAAUCCAGGGAUUAUAAAAAUGGCAAUCAACUCAGGGAAUAUCAACUGGAAGGACUCAACUGGCUCUUAUUCAAUUGGUAUAAUAGACGAAACUGCAUUUUAGCAGAUGAAAUGGGUCUUGGCAAAACCAUUCAAUCAAUUACAUUCCUCUACGAAAUCCUUCUGACUGGUAUAAGAGGACCUUUCCUGAUUAUUGCUCCACUUUCUACUAUUGCAAACUGGGAGAGAGAAUUUCGUACGUGGACUGAUAUUAAUGUUGUGGUUUAUCAUGGGAGCCUGAUUAGCAGACAAAUGAUACAGCAAUAUGAGAUGUACUUCAGGGACUCACAGGGGCGUAUCAUUCGAGGAGCUUACAGAUUCCAGGCCAUUAUCACCACUUUUGAAAUGAUUCUCGGAGGCUGUGGAGAGCUUAAUGCAAUUGAAUGGCGAUGUGUGAUUAUUGAUGAAGCACAUAGGUUAAAAAAUAAAAAUUGUAAACUUCUAGAAGGUCUGAAACUCAUGAAUCUGGAACACAAGGUACUUUUGACUGGUACGCCUCUCCAAAAUACAGUUGAAGAACUAUUCAGUCUUCUUCACUUUCUGGAACCCUUAAGGUUUCCUUCUGAAUCAACGUUUAUGCAAGAGUUUGGGGAUCUGAAAACAGAGGAACAGGUGCAAAAACUUCAGGCUAUCUUGAAACCAAUGAUGUUGAGGCGAUUGAAAGAAGAUGUGGAAAAGAAGUUGGCACCUAAAGAAGAAACCAUCAUUGAAGUAGAACUUACUAACAUUCAGAAGAAAUACUACCGGGCUAUUCUGGAGAAGAACUUUUCAUUUUUAUCCAAAGGAGCAGGGCAGACUAAUGUACCCAACUUGGUCAAUACCAUGAUGGAGCUCAGGAAGUGUUGUAAUCACCCAUAUCUUAUCAAAGGUGCAGAGGAGAAAAUACUUGGAGAAUUUAGAGAUACAUAUAAUCCAGCUGCUUCUGAUUUUCAUCUUCAAGCAAUGAUCCAGUCUGCUGGCAAAUUGGUCCUUAUUGAUAAAUUGCUUCCUAAAAUGAAAGCAGGAGGUCAUAAAGUGCUCAUCUUCUCUCAGAUGGUACGCUGCCUUGAUAUCCUGGAAGACUAUCUUAUACAUAAAAGAUAUUUAUAUGAGCGAAUCGAUGGAAGAGUCAGAGGGAAUCUUCGACAAGCUGCUAUAGAUCGAUUUAGUAAACCUGAUUCAGAUCGAUUUGUCUUCCUUCUGUGUACCCGAGCUGGUGGAUUGGGCAUCAACUUAACUGCAGCUGAUACAUGUAUAAUUUUUGAUUCUGAUUGGAAUCCUCAGAAUGACCUUCAGGCCCAAGCUCGUUGCCACAGAAUCGGUCAGAAUAAAGCAGUUAAAGUCUACCGACUAGUGACUCGUAACUCAUAUGAGAGAGAGAUGUUUGACCGAGCCAGUCUGAAACUGGGUCUAGAUAAGGCUGUGUUACAGAGCAUGAGUGGAAGAGAAAGUAAUGUUGGUGGUAUUCAACAGCUUUCCAAAAAGGAAAUAGAAGAUCUGCUUCGAAGAGGUGCUUAUGGUGCCAUUAUGGAAGAAGAAGAUGAAGGCUCUAAAUUCUGUGAAGAAGAUAUUGAUCAGAUUUUACUACGUCGUACAAAAACCAUUACAAUUGAGUCAGAAGGACGUGGGUCAACAUUUGCCAAGGCAAGUUUUGUGGCAUCUGGAAACCGAACAGAUAUUUCCUUAGAUGAUCCCAACUUCUGGCAAAAAUGGGCAAAAAAGGCAGAAAUAGAUAUAGAUGCCAUCAGUGGUAGAAACAGCUUGGUUAUUGACACUCCAAGAAUUAGGAAGCAAACAAGGCCCUUCAGUGCCACAAAAGAUGAAUUGGCUGAAUUAUCUGAAGCUGAAAGUGAAGGAGAUGAAAAGCCCAAACUCCGGAGACCCUGUGAGCGUUCGAAUGGCUAUGGAAGAACUGAAUGCUUUAGAGUAGAGAAAAAUCUGCUAGUUUAUGGGUGGGGCCGAUGGAGAGAGAUUCUAUCUCAUGGCCGUUUUAAAAGGCAGUUAAACGAGCACGAUGUAGAAAUAAUUUGCCGAGCUCUCUUAGCAUAUUGCCUUGUUCACUACCGAGGAGAUGAGAAAAUUAAAGGCUUCAUAUGGGAUCUCAUUACUCCAACUGAAGAUGGGCAGACACGAGAGCUACAAAAUCAUCUAGCAUCAGCAUCUCCCAGGAGCUUCUUAGAAAUGCAGAAUCUCAGACCUCAGACUUACUGCAUCAGAAUCUACAUUUUAACAAGUUCCUCAGCAAUUAGCCUGUCAGCCCCUGUACCCAGAGGUCGAAAAGGAAAGAAAGUAAAGACUCAAACAAGCUCAUUUGAUAUACAAAAAGCAGAAUGGCUUCGAAAAUACAAUCCUGAGCAGCUACUUCAAGAUGAAGGCUACAAAAAGCAUAUAAAACACCACUGUAAUAAAGUUUUGCUUCGUGUGAGGAUGCUAUAUUAUCUAAAGCAAGAAGUCAUUGGAAAUGAGUGUCAGAAAGUAUUUGAUGGAGUUGAUGCCAGUGACAUUGAUGUUUGGGUCCCAGAACCAGACCACUCAGAAGUUCCUGCUGAAUGGUGGGAUUUUGAUGCUGAUAAGUCACUCCUUAUUGGAGUUUUUAAACAUGGUUAUGAAAAAUAUAACACUAUCCGAGCAGACCCAGCAUUAUGCUUCUUGGAAAGAGUGGGAAAACCUGAUGAGAAAGCAGUUGCUGCUGAACAGAGGGCGAAUGAUUAUAUGGAUGGGGAUGUGGAAGAUCCAGAAUACAAACCUGCCCCAGCUAUCUUUAAAGAUGAUAUAGAGGAUGAUGUUUCCUCACCAGGAGAUCUUGUUAUAGCAGAUGGAGAUGGUCAACUGAUGGAGGGUGAUAAAAUUUAUUGGCCAACUCAGUCAGCUUUAACCACACGUUUGAGGCGUCUCAUCACUGCAUAUCAGCGUACUAAUAAAAACAGACAAAUCCAGCAGAUACAACCUACUUUCUCAGUGCCUGCCAGUGUUAUGCAGCCUCUUUAUGAAGAAGCCACUCUUAAUCCUAAAAUGGCAGCCAAGAUAGAAAGACAGCAGAGAUGGACCAGAAGAGAAGAGGCUGACUUUUAUAGAGUUGUGUCUACAUUUGGAGUGGUAUUUGAUCCUGACAGAGGCCAAUUUGAUUGGACAAAAUUUAGAGCUAUGGCUAGGCUGCAUAAGAAGACGGAUGAUAGUCUGGAGAAAUAUUUGUGUGCAUUCAUGUCCAUGUGUCGCAGGGUUUGUCGUCUUCCUUCCAAAGAAGAAUUGGUGGAUCCAAAUAUUUUUAUCCAGCCAAUCACAGAAGAACGUGCUUCUAGGACUUUAUAUCGCAUUGAACUUCUAAGGAAAGUAAGGGAACAGGCCCUCCGACAUCCACAAUUGUUUGAGCGCUUGAAGCUUUGCCAUCCAAAUCCAGACUUACCAGUCUGGUGGGAAUGUGGCCCCCAUGAUAGGGACUUGCUUAUUGGAGCUGCUAAACACGGGGUGAGCCGAACAGACUAUCACAUUCUUCGUGAUCCUGAACUCUCAUUUAUGGCAGCUCAGAGGAACUACAGUCAAAGUAAGAUGGCUCAUUCAAGGACUUCUACCCCACUUUUACAGCAAUAUCAAGUAGCACUUUCUGCUUCUCCUCUUACCUCUCUACCUAGGCUCCUAGAUCCUAAAGGUAUUAUUCUAGAGGAUGUGAAAGUUAAAAGUGAAAACCUUAAAGAGGAGCCUCAGUCUUCUGAAGAAGAAUCUAUGUCUUCUGAGGAAACCAGGACACUAAUAAAGUCUGAGCCUGUAAGUCCAAAGAAUGGUGUUUUACCACAGGCUACUGGAGACCAGAAAUCUGGUGGAAAAGGUGAAACAGACAGACGCAUGGUUGCAGCCAGAACAGAGCCUCUAACUCCAAACCCAGCUUCUAAGAAGCAGCGAGUCCACAAAAGAGGAUCAGAGUCUAGUUCUGAUUCUGACUCUGAUUCUGAGAAAUCGUCUUGUUCUUCCAGAUCAUCUUCUUCCUCGUCUUCCUCCUCUUCUUGUUCCCACUCUCGAUCAGGCUCUAGCUCUUCUUCUUCCUCCUCUUGUUCUUCAGCAUCAUCUUCAUCCUCAUCCUCAUCCUCCUCUUCCUCCUCCUCCUCCUCAUCUUCAUCAGAAGAAAGUGACAGUGAAGAAGAGGAAGUCCAAAAGCGAGCAGAAGGUGCCCCUCACAUGAAAGCCUAUGAUGAAGAAAGCGUCGCAUCACUGAGCACUACCCAGGAUGAAACCCAGGAUAGUUUCCAGAUGAACAAUGGGACCCCAGAGUCUGCUUACAUCCUACAAGGUGGAUACAUGCUGGCAGCUUCGUAUUGGCCAAAGGACCGUGUGAUGAUCAACCGCUUGGACAGUAUUUGUCAAACAGUCCUGAAAGGGAAGUGGCCUUCAGCUAGAAGAAGUUAUGAUGCCAACGCAGUGGCUUCUUUCUAUACCACAAAGCUGCUGGACAGCUCUGGCGCAGCUACAGAAUAUAGCGAGCCCAGCGUGCCCACUCCUGCAGGUGCUGGUGUUAAAGAAGAACACGAUCAGUCAACACAGAUGUCAAAGGUGAAGAAGCAUGUACGAGAAAAGGAGUUUACAGUGAAAAUCAAAGACGAAGGAGGUUUGAAGUUGACAUUUCAGAAGCAAGGGCUUGCCCAGAGAAGACCAUUGGACAGUGAAGAUGGUGCUCUAGGGCAGCAGCAGUACCUCACUCGACUUCGGGACCUUCAAGGUGCGUCAGAGACCAGCCUCGCCAGUUUUCCAAAAUCCAUGCCAGUAUCAGGUACUCCCAUUCAAUCAACCCUUGGUGCCAAUGGAGUUUUAGUAGACAACCAGCCUAUAGUCAAAAAAAGGCGGGGAAGGAGGAAGAAUGUAGAAGGUGUUGACAUUCUCUUUUUUAACAGAAAUAAGCCACCUAAUCAUGUUAGUUUAGGCUUAACCACGUCACAGAUAUCUACAGGGAUAAAUCCAGCACUAUCCUAUACUCAACCUCAAGGAAUUCCUGAUACAGAAAGUCCCGUUCCAGUUAUUAAUCUUAAAGAUGGGACAAGACUUGCAGGCGAUGAUGCACCAAAGAGAAAGGAUUUGGAAAAAUGGCUUAAGGAGCACCCAGGUUAUGUGGAAGAUUUAGGAGCUUUUAUUCCUAGAAUGCAGCUCCAUGAGGGGAGACCCAAACAAAAAAGGCAUCGUUGCAGAAACCCCAAUAAACUAGAUGUCAAUAGUCUCACUGGAGAAGAACGUGUUCAGCUGAUUAACAGAAGAAAUGCUAGAAAGGUUGGAGGUGCAUUUGCUCCCCCUUUGAAAGAUUUAUGUCGAUUCCUGAAAGAAAAUGCAGAAUAUGGAGUAGCUCCUGAAUGGGGAGAUGUUGUUAAGCAGUCUGGAUUUCUUCCAGAAAGUAUGUAUGAACGUAUUCUCACUGGUCCCGUUGUGAGAGAGGAAGUAAGCAGGCGAGGGAGACGGCCUAAAAGUGGAAUUGCAAAGGCCACUGCGGCGGCGGCAGCAGCAGCUGCAACACCUGCAACAGCCACCAGUAUUUCAAGCAAUCCUUUGUUAGCCAAUGGAUUACUUCCAGGUGUGGACCUCACAACUCUUCAGGCCUUACAACAAAACCUACAAAACUUGCAGUCACUGCAAGUAACUGCAGGGCUGAUGGGAAUGCCUGCUGCUGGCCUUUCUUCUGGAGGAGAAGCUAAAAACGUGGCCGCCAUGUUCCCUAUGCUGCUGUCAGGAAUGACUGGAUUGCCAAAUCUGUUGGGCAUGGGAGGACUCUUGAAAAAGCCUACAGAAUCUGGAACAGAGGAAAAAAAGGGAAAUGACUCUAAGGAGCUAGAAGGAAAAAAAGAGAGGACAGAGAGCCAAAAUUCAGAGAAUGGUGAUGAAAACUCUGUGUCAGGUUCUCCUUCAACAUCCUCUACUGCUGCAUUAAAUACAGCUGCAGCUGCCAACCCGUUAGCUCUUAACCCACUAUUACUAUCUAAUAUACUUUAUCCAGGGAUGCUUCUCACUCCAGGCCUUAAUCUUCAUAUUCCAACUUUGUCCCAGUCCAAUACUUUUGAUGUACAGAAAAACAAAAACAGUGACUUAGGCUCUUCUAAGUCUGUAGAAGUAAAGGAAGAAGAUUCCAGAGUUAGAGAUCAGGAAGACAAAGGGGGAACUGAGCCGAGUCCUCUCAAUGAAAACAGCACAGAUGAGGGUUCAGAGAAAGCCGAUGCUUCUUCUGGAUCUGAUAGUACAUCAUCGUCAUCCGAGGAUUCAGAUUCUAGUAAUGAAGACUGAUUCCCAGACGGCACUUAAAUUAUGAACUGAUUUUGGAUUUUUUUUCUUUAAUUAUUAAUUGUAAAUACCCCAGUGUUGAGUGCAUCAGUAACUUACUGACCGAACAUUUCAGUUAUUUGUUUAGAAGUGCAAACUGCUUUCAGAGACGUUUUGCAUGUAAUAUUUCUUAAGAUUCAUAAGUUUCUGAACUCGUGUGUACUAUCAAAUACAUAAAGGUGUAAAAUUACAACAAAAGGCAUUAUAAUUUUGUUGGGGGUUAAUUUUAUGAAAAUUAUGCUCAAUAAGAGUUGUAUAUUUAAUAUAUUUGCAGUGAACACAGAAUACUUUAUGCAUAUUACUGAUUUAAUUUGAAUAUAGUUUUACAGCCUCCUUGACACCUAUAAUUUACAGAUCAAAACUCAGCAAUAAUUUGGGCAGCUAAUGAAUGUCAUGAAAGCUGUAGAAUCUACAUCACCAUCCAUUGCUUUAAUUACAUGAAAAUGCUCUAGUGUUGUGAUGCACUGCUGAUAUUUCCAAUUCAGGUACAAGUGUGUUUUAAAGAAGAAAUAAGUUUCCCAAUCAGCCAAUUUAACUGGCUACCUGUUACCUCAGCUGAGUUAGUUUAGGAAGUUUACAUUCGUUUCUAAUUCUAUACUUGUUUUCAGGGGUUUUUUAAACACAUCCUAUAUAUCAUGUUAAUCUGGCAAGAAAUAUGACUUGCUUUUUGCUGAGCUUAACUCUUAAAAUCAGUAAAAUUAAGUCAUAAAAUAAUCCUGUGUCAUGUAACUUUGGCACCCUCUAGACAUAUUUAGUUUUAACUUUUCAAAGUUUGGCCUCCUAUUAGAAAUAAUUAUGUCUCAGAUGAGUGAUGUCUGUUUCCAGGAUUCAGAAAAGGCAAACUCAUGAUAUGCCACUGAAAAGAACUUUCAACACAGCAUACUUCAUGUAAAAGAAAUUGUUUGUUUGCUUUAUUUGUGUAGAUUUCUAUUUGUGUUUUAUGUCAUAGAAAUAUUCCAAAAUUAACAGAUAAUAGGGUAAAGUAAUAUGCAGAUAGUCUAAAUUUACUUCGAGUUUCUAGGUGUAAGCAGACUAAAUGUUGCCCAGAAUCAGUGUUGGGUUAUCAGUUUAUAUUAAAUAUACUGAGUUGCCCAUUUUGAAAAUGCACUUUGAAUAAUCUCAAAAAAUAUAUACAUUAUUCCUGUAAACCACAAAAAAUGAAGCCCAAGGCUUCUGGUCAAUUUCUUAGAACCCUUUACCGUGUAAAAUUUGUCUGAUAUUUGAUUUGUGAUACAAUUUCUCCUGCUAAAGCUGCUAUUAUUCUGACAAGGUAGAGGUCCAGGUUCACCUUCAUAUACAUUUAAAACAGAACUGAAUUGGAUAUAAAAUAUCAUUUACAUCCUAAGGAGAGAUAAGCGUGUAUGUUUUUCUGGUACUUAAGUCAGUGAUAAAGUUUGCAAGGUGAAAAGUACCCCACUUCUCUCCCAGGGAAAAAAUAACUUUCAGUGUGCUUUGAUAGACCCCUACUGCUUUGUCAUGAACUAAGCAAUUAUAUUGGAUUUUCUAAGACCUUUACCAAUAAAUUAUGUUUCUGUAUGUAAAAUAACUAACCCCUUAUUAGAGAGACAGUGUUAUAUGUAUUUACAAAAUUAUAUAAGUUCCAUUGGGAUUGUAUUGAUUUUUGUAUUUUCCCAAAAUAGUACUUUGAAUUGAUAGUCCUUUAUGCAAUGUCUUAGCAAUAGUCACUAUAAUGCCCUUCCAGGAGAAGUGGGUAGCAAUUCUUCAUCAUGAAAAUGAUAUAUUACAUGUUUAGUAUCUUCCCUUUGCAGUAUUGCACUUUUGUUUAACUAGAAUACACCUAUGAGAUAGCCAAAGUUUUUCAAACACAGUUAACUUAGUUUGCCAGUGGAGUAUUUCAGCACCAUCCAUGUUUCCCUUCUCUCCCUCUAGUUCUACCCACAUGAUCUUCAUUCCUUUCUGUCUCCAAUUUAAAAUAAAGGGGGGAAAAAGCCCUAGAUCUUGUCACUAAAAUCUAGUUUAUAUCAAAUUUAUGAGAUAAAGUAUUUUCCUAAUUAUGAUCAAAUGAAUUUGGUUAACAUCUUAGUGAUUCUCUUUCUAUGUAAUAAGGCAGUUGCAGUUUUCAAAGCAUUAAGGCUAAUAUUAACUUUAAACAUUCUCUUGGGUUUCAAGACACUUCUGUCUAGUACUGAUUGGGGAAAAAUUGUCCAGCUAUCAGCUUAAAAAAAAUAUGCAAACAUGGUUGUGUAAAGUUAAGGGUUAUAAGAAAAAAAAUCAAUAGAAUUGCAUAAUACUAAAGUUGCAGUUGAAAGGAUAUCCAAGUAUGUGUUGGUAGUUACUAAAAGAAUUAUAGCUGUUAUUGCCUUGUAUUUAUAGCCCUUGUUUCAGGUUUCAUGAUUCAAGUCUUAGUCCAAUUUUUCUUUUGGACAUUUGCAAUAUUUACCAGUUGUGUUUUGUGUAGUCUGAAUUUGCUUUCUGUAGUUGAGCAAACGUCUUAAAAAGUCAUUUGUAAUUUAUUAAAUUACUUUCUAUGAUGUUCUAUAGAGCAAAUGGAAGUUUAAUUAUUUUUUAUUAAACAUAUUCUUUGACUA